AUGCAAAGUCAAAUCAUGACUUACACCAAAUUCGUGAGAAGCACUCUAUUACGAGUGGCCAACAAGGAAACUGCAGCUGAACAAACCAAAUACUUUAAACAUGUCAUUGAUUUUCAUGGAUUAAAGGCUCCGAUGGUAGAAAAGUGUUGGAAGGAAUCACUCAAAGAUCCUCUUCAAACGAAAUUUCCAAAUGUUUCGGAUCAGUUGAAAGUUGCCUAUGAAUUGAUGAAGAGUAAAUAUUUUGAAGAGAAGAAUGUUGGAAUUAAGAUACUAGCUGGAAAUGUUUCAAAAAUUAUUCCAAAACGAAAAAAGAAAAAGACUGGACAAGAUUCCAUAGAAGAUGCAUUGAACGGCCUAAAAGUCAUUACCGAUCUUGAUGAACAAUUAUUUCAAGAUGAACAUAUUUAUGAUUGGGGAACUUGUGAUACAUUGAGUUCUCAAGUAAUUUGUGAAUUAAUUAAGAGAGAUUCUUCAUUGGGUUCAAUUGUUCAGCAAUGGAAAGAUUCUUCAAAUAUUUGGCAACAACGAAGUGCCUGCGUGAGUUUUGUCAAAAUUGCUAAACAUGGAGAGUUUAAUGAUAUUAUUUUUGAUAUUUGCUCCACCACAGUUCAAAAUAAGGAAAGAUUUGUGCAAUUGGGAACGGGAUGGGUGUUGAGAGAAUUGAGUUUGGCAGAUUUGGAUGCUGUGACCAUGUUUAUUAAACGAAAUUAUUCUAAUUUCAGUCGAGAAGGUCUGAGAUAUGCCAUUGAAAAGAUGGAUUCCAAGUUGAAAUCGAAAUUAUUGGCUUAUUCAAAGGGAGAUUCACAAAGUGAGGUUGAAGAGGAAUCGUCUGAGGAGAGUCAUGGCGCUAGUAGUGGUGAAGAGAUGGAAGAUCAAUAUGAAGAAUAA